GCUAGGCUUCCAACGAUCGAACUGACAAGGUGGAUUAAGACCACCCCGGUUGCCUCCCUCGAGCUCCUCAUUGCCCAGUAUAAGCAUCCACGCGCUGCAGCAAGGGCAAAAAGCCAGCUUGACAAAAUAAAACGCAGCAAGUAGACGGGCUCCAUGAAAAGCCUGCAAAGCUAUCUCAGCAAGAUGUUUGCUACACUUGGUCUUGAACUGACUGACCAAUCUUGCUUGGAUGUCGUCAAGGGCGCAGUCCCUACCAGUUUUACUAAUUGCCUAGGCAGGGACUUCAAUGGGUAUACUGACUGGUUCACUCUAAUGAAGGACAUAGUCAUUCUCGAGGCGGUAGACCUCGUCACCACAGCAGGCAGCAAAAAGCCCAUAGGCGGCAGGCGGUUCAAAGGCAGCAGCCGUUUUGCUGUGCAUGCCCUGCUGGAGGCUGAAGAGGAGGCCGAAGUAGAUGACCCCACUCUUGGUGACGACCAAGAACAGGACGCUGAUAUAGCCUGUGGGUGCAAGGUCUUUUCCAAGAUCGAUCUCAAGUCUGGCUACCACCAGAUUGAAGUCGAUCCUGCGGACCAACACAAAACUGCAUUCAAAACACGCGAUGGGCUUUACGAGUUUACCGUAAUGCCCUUCGGUCUUACGAACGCACCUGCCACCUUCCAAAGCCAUAUGGACAAAGUCCUCCGCGAACAGAUUGGCCGGUUCGUGGUGGUCUACCUCGAUGACAUACUAAUCUUGAGCAAGUCCAUGGAGGAAUACCUCAAGCACCUUGAGGAAGUACUGACCAUCCUCAGGAAGACGCAACUCCAUCUCAACUUAGAGAAAUUUGAGUUUGGGAAGGAUAGUGUCAUCUAUCUUGGGCACCGGUUGUCUGCUGCCGGCCUAGAGCCUGAGGCAACCAAGGUGGAGGUCAUACGCAACUGGCCUCAGCCCGUGACUGUUCGCGAACUGCGCUCUUUUCUUGGUCUCGCGUCAUACUAUCGAAAGUUUGUGCCCCGCUUCUCCAUUGUUGCGCGUCCAUUGUCUCAACUUACGAGUAAGAAUGUUCCCUAUUCUUGGGACACCGCGUACACGAACGCCUUUCAAGCUUUGAAAGACGCCUUGGUAAGUUACCCAGUACUCCGCAUUGCAGAUCCCAAACUUACAUUCGUAGUUACUACGAAUGCAAGUCAAUAUGGAAUCGGCGCAGUGCUGCAGCAAGAUGACGGCGAUGGCUUGCGGCUGCUCGAAUUCUACAGCAAGCGCAUGCCCAGCGUAAAGGUAGCCACUUCCACCUACAUGCGCGGGCUCUAUGCUUUGCGUAUGGCUUUGGACCAUUGGAAGCACUAUCUUUUGGGACGCCACUUCAAAGUGUUCUCAGAUCACGAGACCCUAAAACAAAAGCCCAUGGGGCUACUCACACCCCUUCCCAUUCCCAAUGGUCUCGGGGAGUCCGUCUCCAAUGACUUCACCGACAUGGGAAAGGAGAGUAAGAACGGCUACUCACAAGUCAUGGUGAUUGUUGACCGAUUCUCUAAGUUUCUCAAUCUGAUCCCUUUGCCGCCGCACGCCCCAACAGAAUUAUUGAUUCGUGAGUUCCAACAACAGUAUAUUCUGCAAUUCGGGACCCCGAAGACUCACGCAAGUGAUCGGGACCUGCGCUUCAUUAGUACUGAAUGGAAGGACUUCACAUCUCAUCUGGGGAUCAGGCUGUGUAUGACAUCUGGCCGACACCUGGAAGCCAACGGUUUGGCUGAAGAAAUCAACCAGACUGUGUUCCAACUUCUCCGCGCUUUGAUUAUCCCGGAUCAGGAAACAUGGGAUGAAGAGCUGUAUUUCGUUAGGGGGUUGUACAACAACUCCAUCCAUUCUGCCAUCGGCAUGACACCUAACAGGCUGCAUCUCGGUUGGCAGAUCCGUAAUCCGCUCUCCUACCUAUUCCCUGAGCAGCCAGCUGGCUUAACACCCGGCAGGCCUGGCUUCAAGGCCAAGUAUGAUCGCUUGCUCAAGGUUGCCAUUGCAGCCAUGACCAAGCGACAACACGCCAUGAUCCAUCAGGCGAACAAGAGGCGCCGACUGUCAGACAUUCAGGUAGGAAGCUAUGUCUGGGUCAAGAUGUCUGAAUUCUCAGAAGAAGGGGUCUCUCGCAAACUUCUCCCACUCUAUUACGGACCGUGGGAAGUUUUGGAUGUGAUUGGCGAAGACCACUUUGGCCCUUCGGACGUAGUUGAUGUGCCAGCCCAUCUGCGCACAUACCUCGUGUUCCACGCAUCGAAACUGUACCUCCACCGUGACGCUAAGACGUUCGACUAUCGCGAAGACAUGAUCCGUCGUGCGAUCAAAGGCGGGCAUGAGAUAAACAUAAUUAAGUAGCACGUAGGGAAGGGACGCAACAGACAGUACUAGGUUCACUUCAUGUAUCACCCAUUAGACGAUC